AUGUCUAGAUUGCCUGCAAAGUCGCUGAUGAAGACCCACCAAAAGAAACGAAAGGAGCAAGAUCGUAACGAAGACGAUGAGAGCCCAAGUAAGCUAGUCUCGAUCCCUUUUGAUCUAGAGUUGGAGAUACUUACUCGAUUACCUGGAAGGUCUCUUAUCAAGUUUCGAUGCGUGUCCAAGAUUUGGUUUUCCAUGUUCCGUGACUUCUUCUCUAUGUCCUCAACACGAUCACGAUUUAUAAUCGUUUUCAGUAACAAUGUACCCGCCGAUUUUAAUGCCAAACGUUUGUUCAUAUUCUCUGCUUCACACGAGGGAGAAGAAUCUUCUUCUUUGGUUGCAAAUCUCGACAUGGAAAUACCUUCACUGACUUUGGCUCACGGCUCCAACUAUCCUUCCGUCCAUGGCUUUGUCGGGACGCUCACAUAUUUUGGAUACGAUCCUCUUCAUCAUCAAUUCAAAGCAUUGACCCUGCUGCCUACUCCUUCUCCUUCUCCUGGACAGGAUCAUUGGUGUCAUUUGCACGAGGUUAUAACACUUGGAGCAGGAGAAUCACGCAAUCAGGUUACCACCCUGCUUUAUCGCCCUCUAACUAGGGGACUAUGCAUAAAUGGUUUUGUGUAUUAUGGUGCUUGGGAAUCAACACCAACCAAUCCGGUGAUUGUGUGUUUUGAUGUUAGAUAUGAGAGGAUAAGCUUUAUCAAAGCGCCCAAGGGUGUCCUGCUUAUGCAAAGUGAUUCUAUGUUGACAGAAUACAAAGGGAAAUUAGCUUCCAUUGCAAGAAACCCAUUUGUUCCUUUCCUCAGUUUUGAUUUAUGGAUACUAGAGGAUGUGAAGAAACAUGAUUGGUCCAAGCAAACAUUUGAGCUUCCCUGUAUAUGA